CCUUAUAACUCAAGCCCUCCAGUCCCAGCAACAUCCUCACGAAGAAGAGAAACAAAGGACUGCAGAUGCUGGAGGAACUCAGCAGGCCAGGCAUCAUCCGUGGAGAAAAGCAGGUGGUCAACGUUUCAGGUGUUUGCGCCGAAGAGGCGGCCCAUAUAAAACGGAACCAGCUACGGACCUGACGCAGUGGCGACUGGCUAAUGCUGAGGGCAGACAGACAUGGAGUUAUAUUGACUACAGAGAAGCAGAGGGCAGGUCACAGACAAUGUUGGAGCUGCAUUCACUGGGACUUGAUACCAGUAAAUUUGCCAGGGAUUUGGGGCGUGCUUGUACACCACAAGAGGCAGCUCUGCAUGGGAUGAAGUUUUAUGCACAACUGCAGGCGGAGGAUGGACACUGGGCCGGAGACUAUGGUGGACCACUCUUCCUCCUACCAGCUCUCCUAAUUACAUGUCACGUAGCAAAGAUACCACUGUCAGACUUCCAGAGAAAGGAAAUGAUCCGAUACCUGCGCUCUGUACAGCUCCCGGAUGGAGGCUGGGGACUGCACGUGGAGGACAAGUCGACAGUGUUUGGAACAGCAUUGAAUUACACAGCCCUGCGAAUCCUGGGAGUUGGUCCAGACGACGCUGACCUGGUCCGAGCGAGAAAUAACCUUCAUGAUAAAGGUGGUGCAGUUGGAAUUCCAUCUUGGGGCAAAUUCUGGCUAGCUAUUCUUAAUGUCUACAGCUGGGAGGGGAUGAACACACUGUUUCCAGAGAUGUGGCUCUUUCCUCGAUGGGUGCCAGCUCACCCCUCCACCUUGUGGUGUCACUGUCGACAAGUCUACCUCCCCAUGAGUUACUGCUAUGCCAAGCGGCUCACAGCACAGGAGGACGAGUUAAUCCUCAGCCUGCGCCAGGAGCUCUAUGUUGAGGAAUACGGGACCAUUGACUGGCCUGCCCAGCGAAACAAUGUGGCAGCCUGUGACCUGUACACACCCCACAGCAGGCUCCUCACUGCGGCAUACGCUUUACUGAAUGUGUACGAGGAUUACCACAGCACAACCCUGAGGAAGCGGGCAGUAACAGAGCUCUAUGACCACAUCAUGGCAGAUGACAGAUUCACAAAGUGCAUUAGUAUUGGGCCGAUCUCCAAAACUAUCAAUAUGUUAGUACGCUGGCAUAAGGAGGGUCACGAGUCCCCUGCUUUCCAGGAACAUGUUUCUCGUAUCCCAGACUAUCUCUGGCUUGGCCUUGAUGGACUGAAGAUGCAGGGUACCAAUGGAUCCCAGUUAUGGGAUACAGCAUUUGCAGUCCAGGCCUUCCUCGAGGCAGGUGCCCAGAAUAUCCCAGAAUUCACUGGCUGCCUUAAAAGUGCCCAUGGCUACUUCGAAAUCACACAGGUCCGAGACAACCCUCCUGAUUAUGACAAGUAUUACCGUCAGAUGAAUAAGGGCGGCUUCUCGUUUAGUACCCGUGACUGUGGUUGGAUAGUGGCCGAUUGUACAGCGGAAGGCUUGAAGUCAAUAAUGCUGCUACAGGAAAAGUGUCCCUUCAUAACAGAGCACAUCUCUGAGGAGCGACUGUUUGACGCUGUCAAUGUGCUGCUCAGCAUGAGAAACCCAGAUGGAGGAUUUGCCACCUACGAGAGGAAGCGUGGAGGCCGACUCCUGGAGCUCCUGAACCCAUCAGAGGUUUUUGGUGAUAUAAUGAUCGAUUACACUUAUGUUGAAUGCACAUCUGCAGUAAUGCAGGCGCUAAAGCAUUUCCAAGAGAAAUUUCCACACCACCGAACAAGUGAGAUCCAAGAUACACUGGAAAAGGGUCUUGCGUACUGUCGGAGGAUGCAGAACUCAGAUGGAUCAUGGGAAGGGAGCUGGGGAGUGUGUUUCACUUAUGGGACAUGGUUUGCCCUGGAGGCUUUUGCCUGCAUGGGGUACACAUACCAGAAAGGGGCUGCCUGCAAAGCCGUGACCCGAGCCUGUGAGUUCCUACUGUCCAAGCAGAUGGAGGAUGGAGGCUGGGGUGAAGAUUUUGAAUCAUGCGAGCAGAGGAAGUAUGUGCAGAGUGCAAGGUCUCAGGUCCACAACACCUGUUGGGCUGUAUUAGGUCUAAUGGCUGCCAGGUACCCUGGCACACGAGCAAUAGAACGAGGGAUUAAGCUGCUGAUGGAAAAGCAGUUGCCAAAUGGCGAUUGGCCUCAGGAGAAUAUUGCUGGUGUUUUCAAUAAGACCUGCGUGAUCAGUUAUACCUCAUACAGAAACAUCUUCCCCAUAUGGACUCUGGGGCGCUUUGCAAGAACUUACCCUGGCUGUGUUGAGAUUCGCAAGCUGGACCUCUGAGGGUACAAGUGUUGAUAAGUGUUCAGAUAUUGCUAAAGCCACCUAUGGUGGUGGAAUAUAGAGACCGGAAUUAUACAGUCAGAUUAAUUUAAAUACAAACAAAGGACAGGUAUGUACGUGUUCCCUGUUUAGGUUAUAGAUCAGUGUGUGCCUAUGUUACAAAUUCAGUUGUGUGAGAACAUAAUCAUUGAAAGGGAAUAGGAACUGACUAUUGGGGCCCCGAGUUUAUCCCAUCGUGAGAGAUCAGAUUUAUCUGCUUUUCCACUACAUCCAUGCCAAAAAUGCAUGUGGUUGAAUCUUGAUUUUACUAUAUUGACUGCAUUGUUAAUUGAUGUUGUGGAUGAAGAAACUCAGUUGAUAUUAACAUAAUGCUAGGAUGUCCUUUGACUCGUCUCCAAUAUGUUUAAUGUUCAAGACCCUGUUUUUUUUUUCCAAUUUCCUCCACGGCAAAUGGGCAGCAGUUCCAGAGGAGGGGAUCAAAAGGAAAUUCCUCGAGCAAGAGGGCAUUAAGGAUAUGGUUUGGGAUGUGCUGUUUUAUAUGGGCAUUUGUACUAAUCAUGUAUUUGCAAGUGGAGUCUAAUCAAGCAGUGUGUAUGAUCCAUCAUUGUACUUUUCUGUCUACUUUGGAAUUCACGUCAAGUUCUAAAUAUAUUAAGUGGAACAAAGGAAUUGUGGUUCACCUAACAUACAAGCUAUUGGUUUCUUCAAUUAAGGUUUAUGCUUGUUGAAACUGCACAGCAGAACCAAACAUGCAGCUCAAAAACUAUAAUGUAUGUGAUUAAUUAAUUAAACUGUAAUUUUUAAA